AAUAAGUGGGUGGGGUCAGAUAUUUAUACUGCUACAGCUUAUAAAACCUCAGUUCUUCUGCCUAACACUCUGAAACAAGCCUCGGACAAGUUCGGUGAAACACAGUGCCUAAUUCUUUCCUUUUAGUUAAUCGUCACAGUAAGGAUGAUGACUAGCAGGGCUGGACUGCUCUUACUGUCAUUGUGCAUGGUCACUUCCCUGGUAAGGACCAAGGCCCAGUUGUCUGUGAAUGGGACAGACUGCACAGAUAUAAAAAACAAAUCUCCAUUUGCAUCUAGUGGCAUCUACACCAUCAAGCCACCUGGAACUAAAAAUCCAUUCCGGGUUUACUGUGAAAUGCGGAAGGAUGGAGGCUGGACUGUUAUCCAGAGGAGGUCUGAUGGAAGACUUUCCUUUGAGAGGAACUGGAAAGAAUAUAAGAAUGGGUUUGGAAAUAUUCAGUAUGACCACUGGCUGGGCCUCACCAAGAUAUGGGCUCUAACCAAAAGCAAGCGUCAUAAAUCAACGCUCAGAGUAGAUCUGUGGGACUUUGAAAAUAAUUCUGACUAUGCUAGUUACCAAGGUUUUAGGAUCGGUGGUGAGAAAACGGCCUACAAGCUGCAUGUUGGGAAAUACCAGGGCACUGCAGGUGAUGCUAUCCGUGGGGCAUAUGCUGGCAUUGACCAGAAUAACUAUGGUUUCAGUACACAUGAUCGUGACAAUGAUGGCUGCUCCCCAUGUAUUUCUGGAGAUAUUGCAUUUAAUAGCUGCAGCAGUAGUGAUGAUGGAGGUUGGUGGUUCAGUAAGUGUGGCUCAGCUAACCUGAAUGGUAUUUGGCAUUCUGAGGGAAAUAAUAGGGGAUGGGCAUCUGGCCUCCAUUGGCGCACCUGGAAAUCCCCUGAGCCAUACUCGGCUAAGAAAACACGCAUGAUGGUCAAGACCAUUAAAAGGGCAUAGGUCUGUGUAUCUACUGCAAGCAACAACAUUAUAUACAGUAAUGCUUUUUAGUUUUUAACAGACAAUGAACAUACACUAUUUCAUUAGUCUGUUUAAUUUCAUUUUGUAUGGGUUUCCUCCAAGUUUUCCAGUUUCCAUAAACAUAAAUAUAGGCUAAUUAGCUAUAGAAAAUUCCCCAGAAGUGUAAUUAGUAUGUAACUAUUUGUGUUUUUGCAAUGGACUGGUGUCAUCUGCAGGGUGAAUUCUUCCACCAGGAUUUGCUUCAGAUCCACCAUGAACACGACAAAGCGGUUACUAAGCAUAAAUGAAAAGUAUAUUUUCACUAUUAACGUUGUUUUCUAAACUUCUUUCUGUUUAAAAUUAUGAAUGUGACUAUAUUCAAUACAGUUCAGGACUUGACAUUCUAUUUUAAAUUUUAAAUGUGUUCAAGUUGAUUAAAUAUUUCCUUACAAACACACAUCUAUUGUAUACAGAGGUUAAAGUCCUUGGUAAUGGUGUGUGUCUUUAAUCUGUUUGUCCAUUUUAAAGGAACUAUGCAUUUAUGAAUAAAAAAGCUUUUGAUUGUGUGCUGUUUUAGUGGCUUUCUGAAAUGCAAGUAAUAAAAUGCUUUCAAGGCUU